ACACGGAGCGGAGCUGUGAUUGAAGCGGAGAGCAGCGGAGCGGCGGCGGCGACGGCCAUCUUAGAGCUACCGUGGUAACCGACACUCAUCUUCUGGAGUUUAUUUUUCUCGUUUGAAGAGCACCUCCGCCUGACCGACGAGGGGAGAAGAAGGAUCUCUGAGACUCCUCCGCGGUGAAACUCGAAGUCGGGAUGCGGUUCCGAGGGAAUAAACCUUUUGCAUCCGCUGUCGGACUGGUCCUCGGACUAUUAUGCGCGGUGGAGGCGGCUAAAGUCAAUAAGCACAAACCAUGGAUCGAGACGACGUACCACGGAAUCGUAACAGAAAACGACGACAAAGUCCUUCUGGAUCCGCCUCUGAUUGCGCUCGACAAGGACGCCCCUCUACGCUACGCAGAGAGUUUUGAGGUGACCCUCACUGAAGAAGGUGAGAUUUGCGGCUUCAGGAUCCAUGGGCAGAAUGUCCCCUUCGAGGCAGUGGUCCUGGACAAGUCCACUGGCGAGGGGGUCAUCCGGGCCAAGGACAAGCUGGACUGCGAGCUGCAGAAGGAGCACACCUUCACCAUCCAAGCCUACGACUGCGGGGAGGGUCCCGACGGAGCCAACAUGAAGAAAUCCCACAAGGCGACUGUGCACAUCCAAGUGAACGACAUCAACGAGUACUCACCGGUGUUCAAGGAGAAGUCCUACAAAGCCACUGUCAUCGAGGGCAAGAAAUACGACAGCAUCCUGAAGGUGGAGGCGGUGGAUGCAGACUGCUCCUUCCAGUUCAGCCAAAUCUGCAACUACGAGAUCGUGACCCCUGAUGUGCCCUUCACCGUCGACAAAGACGGCUUCAUCAAGAACACGGAGAAACUGAGCUACGGCAAAGAGCGCAUGUACAAGUUGACCGUGACCGCCUACGACUGCGGGAAGAACCGUGCCUCCGAGGACGUGCUGGUCAAGAUCAGCGUCAAGCCCACCUGCAAACCGAGCUGGCAAGGCUUCAAUAAGAGGAUUGAAUAUGAGCCUGGCACGGGGAGUCUGGCCCUCUUCCCCAGCAUGCACUUGGAGACCUGCGACGAGCCGAUCACCUCCAUCCGGGCCAGCAUUGAGCUGGAAACCAACCAUAUCGGCAAGGGGUGUGACCGUGACACCUAUUCAGAGAAAUCCCUGCACAAGUUGUGCGGAGCCAGCUCCGGCACCGUGGAGCUCCUUCCUGCACCCAGCAGCUCCGCCAACUGGACUGUGGGGCUGCCCACUGACAACGGACACGACAGCGACCAGGUGUUCGAGUUCAACGGCACCCAGGCCAUCAAGGUUCCCGACGGUACGGUGAGCACCAACCUGAAGGAGCCCUUCACCAUCUCCGUGUGGAUGAGGCACGGCCCCGGGGCCCACGAGAAGGAGACCAUCCUCUGCAACUCCGACAAGACAGACAUGAACAGGCACCACUACUCGCUGUACGUCCACAACUGCAGACUGAUCUUCCUCCUGCGCCAGGACCCGUCGGAGGCGGAGAACUACAAACCGGCAGAGUUUCACUGGAAGCUCGACCAGGUGUGUGACAAAGAGUGGCAUCACUACGUGCUCAACGUGGAGUUCCCCACCGUGUCCAUGUUCGUGGAUGGGACUGUCUUCGAGCCCUUCCUGGUGACAGAGGACUACCCACUGCACCCGUCCAAGAUUGAAACUCAGCUCACCAUCGGUGCCUGUUGGCAAGACAACUCAGGACAUGACAAUGACACUGAGACAGUCUCUGAGUCCACCUCAGGCGCUAAUGCUCGAAUGGCUCAGUUUUUCCGCGGGAACCUGGCGGGACUGAUCAUCCGCUCUGGCAAGCUGGAGAACAAGAAAGUGAUCGACUGUUUGUACACCUGCAAGGAGGGACUAGACGUGCAGCUGCCCGAGGAGGUAGCUUCAGCUGUCAAGGUGGAGUUCAACCCCAACCAGUCCUCUCUCACCGUGGAAGGUGACGACAUCGACGCCUUUGACAAGGUGAUGCAGCACAUUUCCUACCUGAACUCCCGCCAGUUCCCGACCCCCGGCAUCAGGCACCUCCGUAUCUCCACCACCGUCAAAUGCUUCAACGAGGAGGCGUGCGUGUCGGUGCCGGACGCAGAGGGUUACGUGAUGGUCCUGCAGCCGGAGGAGCCCAAAAUCAGCCUGAGUGGCAUCGACCACUUCGCCCGCAGCGCCGCUGAAUUCGAGAGUCAGGAGGGAGUGACCCUCUUCCCCGAGCUGCGCAUCGUGAGCACCAUCACCCGCGAGGUGGAGGCCGACGCGGAGUCCGAAGCCGCGGAGGGAGCAGACGACGACCCCACAGUCCAAGAGACGGUGGUGUCCGAGGAGAUCAUGCACAACCUAGACACGUGUGAGGUGACGGUUGUGGGAGACGAGCUGGAUGGCGAGCACGAGAGCCUGGAGGUGGACAUAUCCCAGCUGCAGCAGCGCGCCCUCGAGAUGAGCUCGUCUAACCUGGGCCUCGUCAUCACCGGUGUCAACACUAUGGCCAACUACGAGCAGGUCCUGCACCUCAUUCGAUACAAGAACUGGCACACCGAGGCUCUGUUCGACAGGAAGUUCAAACUCGUCUGCUCUGAACUCAACGGCCGCUACAUCAGCAACGACUUCAAAGUGGAGGUGAACGUGAUCCACACGGCCAGCCCCGUGGAGCAUGCCAACAACGCCAUGGUGCAGCCCAACUUCAUCAACCCCGUCCACCACGCCUCUGUGGACCUGUCCGGGCACAACCUGGUCAACGCUCACCAGGCUUCAGUGGUUCCCAGCGCCGCCACCAUCGUCAUCGUGGUGUGCGUCAGCUUCCUGGUGUUCAUGAUCAUCCUCGGCGUGUUCCGCAUCCGGGCCGCGCACCAGCGCACCAUGAGGGACCAGGAGAACGGCAAGGAGAACGAGAUGGACUGGGACGACUCCGCCCUCACCAUCACCGUCAACCCCAUGGAGACCUAUGAGGACCAGCACAGCAGCGAGGAGGAGGAAGAGGAGGAGGAGGAGAGCGAGGACGGCGAGGAGGAAGACGACAUCACGAGCGCUGAGUCAGAGAGCAGCGAGGACGAGGAGGGCGGCGAGCCCGAGGACCAGCAGGGGGCCAGCAGACAGCAGCAGCUGGAGUGGGACGACUCCACCCUCACCUACUGAAGACACACACACACGCUACGAAACACACACACACAUACGCUUACACACACACUCUCUCACUGCUUCUCUCACACACACACUCGUCCUCCCAAGGAGCCAUGAUGUAAAAACAAAACAACACCCACAAACACACACAGAAAAAAAUGAAAAAAAAUGAAAAAAGAGAGAUUCCCUUCAGCGUACAGCAUUACACGGUCAAGAUUUUCCUGUCGUUAUCUUAGUGGUGGUACUCAGUGUAGUGUAGUCAUCACCGGAUUUGCUGAUUUUUACUUUUUAUUUUUUUAUUUAUUCUAUUUUAAUUCCCAGGAAAACUUGGCCUACAUUUUGGUUUGGAACUGUGUGAGGAAGCCAACCCUGCACUUUCUGUUUCGCUCUCUUCCCGCGUUACGGCUUUCAGAAUGAUUUUAGUUUUCCUGAUGUAAAAUAUUUGCUAAUGCUUUUAGAUUUGUUUGCAGCUAAACUCACAAAACGAAAAAAAUAGCUUUGACUUGAGUUUUCUUGGCUUGUAGUCCAGUGAAACAAAAUGAUGCUUUUAAACAUAUAAACUGCAUUUCUUUUUGUUUUGUUUUUUUUUUGUUUGUUUGUUUGUUUUUUUAGUGCAUGAGGAAAUUUGAGAAGUCAUACGUGUAGAGAAAUAAAUUGCUUUUUAAAGAUUUUUGUAAAUAUAAAGAAACCAUGUAAUUAGUCGAUGUGUUAGUGAAGGCCUGCUCAACGGGGUCCAAUAUCUAAAAACGACGCAGUACGUAAUGUAGAAUAUUUGUGUCACACAGGCUGUAGCAUGUCGCUGAAUUUCUGCAAAAAGCUGCUCCAUCAUGCUUGUACAAAAAAAAAAAAAAAAGUCUGCUUCAUGAUGAGAAACCCAGGACUGUUCAGCAGAGGUUUCCAUGAUAAGUGGUGUCUGUUUUCUGUCUCUCUUCUUUCUUUCUUUCUUUUUUUAAUUGUCAGUAAGAGUAAGCUCAUUUCUUUUUUGCUUUCUUUCUCGCACGCAGGACGGGUUCAGCUUUUGCUUUGCUUGCACUCCUGACGUCGGUGCGCGUCGUUCCCAGUAGAUCUCAUUUCCCCUCGUGUUUCAGAGAAACGCUCAUGUUCAGAUCAACAUUUCACGAGUUGAAGACCCGGCAGACAGCUCGGCUGGAAGGUGCAUCUGCUGGCUUUGUUUCCAGGGAGAGGAGUGAAGUGACUUUUCGGGGAUUGCUUUAUUGCAAGUUUUAUGUUUUUAAACGGCACGGCUAUUUAACCUUCAAUGAUAAUGAAAUAGAAAUAUUUUUAAUGAGUUUUCUGAUUGCUGCAGGAUUCACAGUCGAGGGGUUUGAGCAGGAAAACACUUUAAAAAUGAAUCUACUUUUUGUUUGAAUCUUAAAAUGACUUUUUUUUUUCUUUUUUUUUUUUUUUUUUUGCAGUAGGCCACUAGAUUAUAUCGUACAUGGUACUGUACUGUAGAGUUGUUCUCAGAUUAUAUUUGUUUACAUUUGGUAAACUUAUUUUCCUCGUGGUGUUACGUUGAAGCUUAAUGGAAGUUGAUUGGGAAAGUGUGUCCAACCUGGAUCUCCUCUCAGACGCUGAUGUCCAUCACUGUUGUAAAUAUCGUUCACAAAACCCGGAGAAGUGUACCCUCGCGGGUAUUUUAAUGUUCGUCUCACGCUUUUUGAGUUUCUGAGUUAAAUGUAAACAUUUCCCCAAAACCGACAUCAAAACCAGAUGAAGAAAACGUCAGAAUGAGCAACACUGCAUCUUAUUUUCAUAAGGCCAAAUUUAGAAUUGAACACAUCGGAGGUGGUUUUCAUGCUACUUUUUUAAUUUUGGGAGGUUUAUGUCACACGUUUGUGGUUUUUAACGUUCUCCCCUCGAGGAACACUCGGACUAAAACCAAGCAGAGGGCCAGGUCUGAGCCGGCUGAGAUGGGAGUGCCUUUUGCCGAUCAUAGCGUAAUUAGCAGGUCUAACAAGGAAAAAAAAAAGUACCACUUUAUCCACGCUCUUUUAUUUGUGGCGAUUAUUUUCUUUGUUGUUUUCUCUUCUCUGUUUUUUUUUUUUUUUUUUAUUCUGUUUUUAACGCUAGAUUUCUAGCUGGGGAUACAGUUUCUCUCAGUUCGUCGUAACAAUAGUCCACUGCUAGUUUUAUUAAAAAGUGACAACAUUUUACAUAGAUGUCAUGUGUCCUUGUUGAUGUGUAGAGGAAGUAGAUCCAUAUUGUAUCUUCUUAUAGAUAUUGUACUAAAUCAUAUUGACGGAGUCCACCUUUAAGAGAUGUACAGUACGUUAUGAAAUGCUUUUGGCAGCAUACCUGGGUAUACUGUCCACUGACCUGUCUGUGUAUAGUGGAAGGUGAUUUUGAACAGUGUCCUAAUAUUGCCUGAGCGGUUGAGGAGGGAUUUCUUUUUUCUUUUUUUUUUUGAGGGCAGCAUGAGAAUUCACUCGGCUCUGAAACCCUCACAGGUUUUCAGGAUGUCCAACAUUUCAUGUCCACGUUUUUCAAGCUUACGGUUCACCAGAACUUCAUUCUCAUGGGUUUUCUGACCUUUAUGCUUUCGGAAGCGGCCCCGGCGCUCGGUUGUCAGCGGGUUGAAAUGAAUGUCACUGCCUAACUUAUCUUAAACGCAGCCAUACUGUAGUCACACUGCGACGUUUCAAGGGGAGUCGAGUUUGCAUGAACCGCACUGCGUGUCUGUCCCAUGUGGGGUUGUGAGACUGGAGGGAGGGAGGCGUGAUCCACUUACCGAUUCCUCAGAUUGUCUGUUUCACACAUCCGUGACACUCCAGAUACUAUUUACUUUUCUUUCUUGUUUUGUUUUUUUCUUUUCUUUUGACUAUUUUCUCAAAAGGAACGGCGACGAUGUUUUCUGAACGGCUGGAUGCUUCCUUUGUGCUUGUUGGAGCUGCUCUCACUUUUCUACCAAUUGAAAGGCAAAUUGUAGUGAAGUUGAUGCUUGCUCGUAAACAAAAUAAAGGAUGGUGAGAUGGA